GAAAAAAUGAAUUUUUCUCGAAGAAAAAGGGCGAUGUGAACGUGAACAAUAACAAUGCUAGUGUUGUUGAAAGUGAAAAGUUUGCUGGAAAAGCGAAUGGAAAGAAAAAAGAAAAACCAGUAAACCAGAUGUUAUUGCAAAUAAGGUAAAUUAACAAACUUUAAGAAUUACAAAAUUUAAUUCUGGUCUGUAGGUUUUAUCAACAGAAAAAUUGAGAAAAAAGGAAAUGAAAGAAAAAAAGAAAACUAACAAACGAGAUGAAGAAGCAACGAUUCAAGCAACUGCUCGAAGCCAAUAAGGAAGAAGAUAAAAUCAUACAACAAAUGGAGAAACAACUGGGUUUAAAAAAACGAAAAUCAAAAUCCAUCCCGAAAAGCUUCACCGAAGACGGCUUAGACUUUUUAUUGGAGGUGGUCGAUCCGGAAUACUUAAAAAAUGCAUCCCAACAAGAUAUGGAAGAAGCCGAUAACGAUUUCGAAGAGGACUUUGCUCUAAUGUCUGGAAAACCUGUAAAAAAACCACAAAUAAAUAAAACCCUAAAAAUAAAAACCGACGAUAAACCCGAAAGUAAAAGCAACCGACAAAAAACGUCUGUUUCUGAUGAAGAUUAUAGUAAUAAUGAUGAAAGUGGUAGUCUAUCAGAAGAUGAUUAUGAUGAUGAGAAUUUAUCAGGCGACGAUGUAGAAGCUACAAAUGAUUCUAAUGCUUCAGAUGAAGAAGCUGCUGAUGACGGUUGCAGUUCUAAAGAGGAUAUUCCAGAGAAGGAAAUAGUGCAUAAAGGAUUAGCGAAGCAAUUACCUGGAGGGAGUAUGAAGAGUAUUCUAUUUUUAUAUCUUCUCAGAAGGAGCAAGCAAUCCGAAUCGAAGUACAUACCACCAGCUUUGAGAAAUAAAAUUAAAGAUAAUGAACCUGAAGACAAAAUACGCCAGGAGAAGAAGCUAAAUCGUUUGAGAAAACAACUCAAAGCAUCGAAAAUCGAAGACCUGUACAUGAACAACAGCCGAAACGACAUGAACGAAACCCUCACCAAUUUAAUAAUGGAAUCUUUGGUAUCCGAGGUUAUCGCUCCCGAAAGACUCUUAAUAGAACACAGCGAUGAAGAGAAGGAUAAAUAUACAAAGCUAUAUGUAUUACUAGCGAUUAAAAAUAAUAAUGUAAAGAAGAUACCGAACUACGAUGUGUCUUACUCGGAGCAUAUGAAGAAGAUUAUAAAAGGGUUAAUUAGAAAAGGAAAUUAUGUUACUAUGCUUAAUAUAAGACUGGAGGAUUUGUUAAAAGCCGAUGAGCGUGGUAAAAGUACGGAAAGCGCGAAAUCCAAGAAAAUUUCAAAAACUGAAGGGUUUUCCGCGAAAUUACUCGAACUUGCCAGGCAGCAAAGGAUGAACACUGAUAUAAGGCGAAAUAUAUUUUGUAUAAUCAUGUCUGCUGAGGACUAUUUGGAUGCAUUUGAAAAGCUACUCAAAUUAGGAUUAAAGAAUACACAAGAAAGAGAAAUUAUAAACAUUUUAUUGCACUGCUGUCUUCAGGAAAAAAAUUACAAUCCAUAUUACGGUUAUGUAGCACAGAAAUUCUGCGAUUUUGAUAGGAAAUAUCAGCUAACAAUUAAAUACUCUAUAUGGGAUAAAUUAAAAGUGAUUGGUGACCACUCAGGUUCACAGUUAUCCAAUUUAGCGAAAUUGUUGAUACAUUUAUUCAUAGAGAAAGGUUUGCCUAUAUCAAUCCUCAAGAUUGUUCAAUUUAGCGAAUUAGACAAGACAACUUUACGGUUUAUGAGGCAAAUUGAGGAAAAUAUGAGGAAAGCUUGA